AUGGAUGACUCCACAGAAAGGGAGCACUUACGCCUUUCUUCUUGCCUUAAGGAAAGAGAAGAAAUGAAACUUAAACAGUGUGUUUCCAUCCUCCCCCAGAAGGAAAGCCUCUCUGCCUGGUUCUCUAAAGAAGGAAAGCUCCUGUCAGUGACCUUGCUGCUGACCCUGCUGUCCUCCUGUCUGACAGUGGUGUCUUUCUACCGAGUGGCCAGCCUGCAAGUUGAGCUGUUGAGCCUCCGGGCGGAACUGCAGUCCUACCAAGAUAAGCAGCUGCCAGCAUCUCCCAAGGCAGAAGCAGGAGCCCUCACGGCAGCUUUGAGGGAUACUCCAGCUGUCACCCCGAGACUACAAGGGAUCUUUGCACCACCAGCCCCAGGAGAAAGCAACUCCAGUCAAAGCAGUAGGAGCAAACGUGCUGUUCCAACUCCAGAAGAACCAGUCACUCAAGACUGCUUGCAACUGAUUGCAGACAGUGACACUCCUACUAUACGAAAAGGUUCUUUCACAUUUGUUCCAUGGCUUCUCAGCUUUAAAAGAGGAAGAGCCCUAGAAGAAAAAGAAAAUAAAAUACUGGUGAAAGAAACUGGUUACUUCUUUAUAUAUGGUCAGGUUUUAUACACGGAUAAUACCUUUGCAAUGGGACACUUAAUACAGAGAAAAAAAGUCCAUGUCUUUGGGGAUGAAUUGAGUCUGGUCACUUUGUUCAGAUGCAUUCAAAAUAUGCCUGAAACACUGCCCAAUAAUUCCUGUUAUUCAGCUGGCAUUGCAAAGCUGGAGGAAGGAGAUGAACUUCAACUUGCAAUACCACGAGAAAAUGCUCAGAUAUCACAAGAUGGAGAUGGCACAUUUUUUGGUGCAUUGAAACUGCUGUGA